AAAAGGCAAAGCCUAUGAUGGAACUUGCAAUUAAAUUUGUUCUGUUUUUUUUUCAGGGUUUGGUCCUUUUGGUGAGCAUGAGGUGAAUGCAAGUUGGGUAGCUGUCCAAGAACUGAAAGAAUUGGGUUUGAAUGAGGAUAUAGAGCUUGUAGUCAAGGAGGUACCAGUUGUGUAUGACGUCGUCGACAUUAAAGUGCCGGCUCUGUGGAAGGAAUACAAUCCUGUAUUAAUGGUUCAUGUUGGAGUUUCUAGUGUUGCCUCAGAACUAACUUUGGAGCAACAAGGUCACAACAAAGGUUACAACAAACCAGAUGUGACUAACAAGUGUCCAGAAGCAAAGGAUUUUAACUGCAUCAUUGGUGGGCCAGACUGUAUCUUGAGUCAUAUCAACAUGGCGUUGGUGAGUGAUGAAGUGAACAGGAAGGAGAACUGCCCUGUCAAGGCUGUUGUAUCAUACAACGCUGGAAGGUACCUGUGUGGUUAUUGCUACUACUUAUCUUUACACCAAUCUUCAGACAGCUCUGUCUUUAUACACGUACCCCCACUUAACCAGCCAUACUCUGGUAAUGACCUAGCCAAGGGUCUACGGACAGCCCUUCUCUGUAUGCUGCAACAGAUUGAAGAAAAAAAUACCAAGUCGUGACGCUAUCCAAGGGCCGAGCAGUCAUCUACGUUUUAGUUAGUUAGUUCAGUACCUUAGCAUUUUCCCUUUAAUUUUUGGAAACUUUAUCUUGUGCAGGCCCUCUGAAAUAUCAGUGAUGUGGUUCCAUGCACAAAUUAGAUUGAUAUUGCUGUAAUGUUUAGAGGCAUUUUGACCCUUUAUUGGUACACAGUUUAUAACAACACCAAAAUUUGUGUUAUGGUAGAGGCAUUACCAUUUUAAUGAUUUCUGGAAAUGUGAAGUUUUUAGAAUUUUGAAAAUGAAACAGGUCAUUGAAUUAUUUAUGAUUCCUAUUUUUAAUGUAAAAGAUUUUUCAUGUGCUGUGUAGUUAGAAAUCAAUUUUCACCGUACAUUUAAUAAGAAAAAGCAUUUUGUGAAUGGCAUAAGAUAUUAAUUCCUUAAAAAGAAGCUACCGGUAUAUGAUUUAAGAUUUCAUACAUCAAAUUAUUUUUCUGUCAUUCUUAUCAAAAAGUGAAAUCAGCUCUAAUUGACUGAUAACAAGAUUUGUAUUGAAAUUACAAAUGCUAAAUGUUCAAUGCUUGCCAAGAUUACGAGUCUUUAAAAAUGAUUGAUAGCUAUGAACUGAAGCUCUUCUAUACUGUUUAUAACAUUAUGUCGUCAUAUUAAUGGUGUUUUUAAUUGGCAGUAUUUGUACAUGUAGGUAUAGUAGUAAAAAAUAAACUUGUGCAAAAAAUGAAUGAACAUUAGUUAGCUGGAAUACUAGUGUAAAACUGACAAUUAUUUUUUUAGAAGAGAAAAUAAUAGCUGCUAUGACAACAGAUAACUUACUUGUAUGAACUGUAUUUAAUUCUAUAUGAAAUAAUGAACAACGAAUGCUUGCUUUUUAAAGAACUUCUUGAUGCCCAUUUCAUUAGUUUAAUAGUGGAUUACAUAUUUAUCUCUUCUUUUUUUGGUCCUUUUUUUCUCUCUCUUUCCCUCUCUCUUGUUUACUUGGUCUCUAUCUAUUUCCUCUUGGAAACCUGACUCUUCAUCUAUAGUUCACCGUAUGCUCAUUAUAACUAUGUGACUAUUUCAAUAUGUCUUUCUCCUUUGUUUCUUUUACAGUUCUUGGUAGAACUCUCAUUUUCAAUUUCUAGUUCCUCUUUCUUUGUGAAUGUGAUAUCCUGUAGCGGCAGAGUUUAAUCUUAGCGAUAAACCUGUGAUGUAAAGGUGGACAUACACAUUUGUAAUCUUGAACUUUUUUAUAACAAUUGUGUGUGUGUGUGUGUGUCGUUGUGUAGGUACAAUUUUAGGAAUAAUGUAGAUCGGUAACAACAGUUUUCCUAUCAGCAGGACAAGGCUCUCAAACCUGUUGACUCCUGUAUUAUUGGUGAUGCUAAUGCUCAGCACUUUGAAUCCAUGUGUAGGAAAUAUAUGGAAAUCUGAAAAUUCAUUAAAGAAAAUGAAUGCUGUGAAUCCCACCUACUUUCUAUAUUUAGAAAUUAACACAUGGUUUAUGACUACUGGUACUUGACAACCGUAUAAUUUUACAUUUAGAAUGUAAUGAUUAUUGUAAGUGGUAGAAAACACAGUGUACAUAUAUAUGUAUGUACAUGUAGAAUAUCAAAUGGAAACUGUGACAGAUACUGAGGAAUCAACCAAAUUGCUAUGCUUUUUAUCCUUAAAUAUUGGAUACUGAAGCAUUAAAAAAGCUCAAGAUGAUGCCAUGGAAUUGUAUUUUUGUGACAUUCGGUUGCAAUUCUAGAAAUUGUAGAAGUGGGGAAAAUAUCCGUGCAAUCAGACUUUUCAGACAAUAGGGAUUUUGGUUCUGAAAAGGUGAGGUUAAAGAUUAGGUUUUAAGGUUAGAUGUUGACAUUUGCAUUAGGUGUUUUGCUAGUCUUUGUGUUUGGCUGGAUUUGUGCACAAUUACAGUAUGAGCAUUUUGACUUUGUAUUUUUGCUCUUUUAAUGGAUUAAAGAAUUAUUAAUUUUGGAUAAGGGGAUCCAAAUAAAAUGAUUCACCCCAUAAGAGAAUUUUACCUCACAUGUAAUUUUAACUUACGACUGGAGAUGGUUUUGAGAUCUUGAUGGAUUUAUGAGGACCCAUUUCAAUGUUUUAGUAAAAAGCCCCCCAGCCCCCCCCCCACUUUUUUCCAAAACGGUGUACAAAAACGUAAAAAUUACCAUAUGAUUGUGAUUUUUUGCAUGGUCAGCCCCCCACUUUGAAAACCGUUCCGCAGCCCCUGUACGUGUGUGUAACUUACAAACAGCUUUAUGAAAUGCCACUCUAUGGGUAAUCAAUGCCCUCAUUUUUCCGAUUAUUGGUAUAUUUUUCUGUAAAGCUCAGAUCUUUGUAGCAUGUCCCUCUCAUCAAAUGUACAGUGUUAUACUAUUGGGUCAAUGGUCUUGUAUUCAUUAUCAUCCUUCCAAGUAUUCUGUCCAUGCUGCUUGCUGCCCAAUUUAUUUUGAUUAUAAUUCUGUAAGAAUGAAAAUGCUAUUCUCUCAUUACAUUGCUGUAUAUCUGUGUAUUUCUCUCAUAGGGAAUAUGAUUUAUCACAUAGGUACUAGUAAUGUAGUCAUAGGUUAGAGCAGAACUAGGUAGAUUGUUGGAAAUCAUCUUUCUUUGGAUAUGAUCAUUACCAGAGAGCUUUACUCAAUGGCAGCACUAUCAUAGUUGAUUUUGAAUUUAUGUACGACUAUGUUUAUCUUGCUUAGAACAGUAUUUUUUGUAUACAUGUAUAGUGUAAGUGUUACUUUGUAACUUAGUUAUUAAAAAUGCAAUGAAUUUUAAACAUAACAUAGGUCCUAUGUUUUGCAGACUUUUAUAAUAUGAAAAAAAUCUCCUAUAGUCAAUGUGUAGGGUUUUAAGUGCCUUUUGAUGGCUUUUUGUGUGUAUAUUUUUGUUUCAUAUUAAUUUUUAUAGUGAUAUUGAUGUGUUAUGCUUUCCAUUUUUUAAAACAUAUGCACAUAGAUAUUUGUUUAUAUCUCAUUGUAAAUUGGGCCCCAUUAACUCAUUAUGUUGAGGGAUGCAGAAAAAAUGGUUGAAAGUCCUUUCGCUUUAAAAAAAAAAAAAAAAUUAAUAUCUCAUGUGUUUUGUAUGGUUAGCUUUCAUUGUUUAAGAGUCUUAUUGUUUUAAUUAUGGAUGGCAUUUUUAAGAGGAAUAUGGUUGCUGAAAUUUUACUAAUUGAAAGAGAUCUAGACUUGAUUAACUAACUAUUAAUUUGGUUAUUGACUAUUUUACCAAUAUUGACAGUUCUGCAUGAAUAAUUUGCUGAUUGUGUACACUGAUUUCAGUUGAAUGAAUAAUACACUUUUGAAUAUUUAAUAAAAUUUAGACAGUAAAACUUGUUCUAUAACUAAUUGAAACCUUGAAUUUAAAGUAUUUUUUGUUGAAAUUAGUUGGCUGAAAGCUUUGAUACAACAUCACUAGUGAAAUACUUGUAAAUUUAGUAAAUGUAGAUUUACAAUGUACUUUGAUUUGUAUAUGACUUGGAUUAUGAUAUAUUGUGGUGAAAAUUUGUGGAUUGGAAUUAUAUUUGCCUUCAACGCGAGUUGAUACCCAUUAUAAACAUGUAGACAAUAUUAAUUGAAUCAAAGUUAUGCUAAAGUGCAGUUGCCAUAACCUGUACACAUCUGCUUGUAAACUAAGAAGACUUCUCAUGAAUUGAAAUCUGUAUUGCAAAUAAAUGAUGGAUGGCUUAUGUAGUAUAAGUAUAGUACAUAUAACUGCUACAAAUUACAUGGUUUAGGGAUUGCAAAACAAUAACUCAUGUACAUCAUAGUUCAUGCUUGAUCUCCGUAUUCUCCAAAUUGGUUUCCAUUUUGGAAGGAUGACAUACUUGUGCAUGUAUAAAAGUGUGUGCCUCCCUGCCUGCCUCUUUGGUUAUAAGUGUAUUCCUAUUUUGUGGAGCUGUACUGUACAAGUUCUGUGUGAUAAUCAAUACAACUCCAUCUUGUGGAAUAUAAUUCAUUGCUUGUAUCAAUAUUUCCAUUCAAAGAGAGAGAGAGAAAAAAAGAAGUGAUAUGUAACUGUAUAUAGACAGUGCUUGUGUUUUCUUCAAAACAACUUGACGAUAUGAAAUAAUCCAGUUUUUGCAAGGAAAGGUGAUUGAUGCAAUAAUUCAGAUAUUUUAUUUUAAUGCGUGGAAGUAUUUAUGGAUAUAUUAAGUUAUGAAGAUCAUCUGUAGAAAAUAUAGAGUUUUGUCCCUUUUUGUGUAUAUAUAUACAUUCCCUUGAUUGAAGAGUGUAGAGGUAUGACGAAAAAUGUGUAGAAUUCGUUCAUGUGGGGUUUUCUAAAAUUAUUUUGACAUAUGGGGUAGGGCAUUUAUUUGAAAGAAAACAUUAAUUUAUCCAUUGUGAUGUCAUCAAAUAACAUUUGGAUUUGCACAUGUGUAUGUGGAUAAUGAAAAAGUGAAAUAUAUAAACUGGAAAUUACCUGUAAACAACCAGAUAUAUUUAGCAUAUUUGAAAAUAAUCACCCUUGAUAACCAAAAUAUCAAAUAGAAAUACAUAUGAGCACCCUACAAUGGGACAUGGUUGUUUGAAAUGUGCAUAUUUUGGUUAACUAACCUGCUUCCUUUUAAUGAAAACUUACAAGGAGGUAAGAUUGGUCAAAAUUUGCUUGAAACCAUUAAGGGAAAGGCAUGGUGUCUUUUUUUUUUGGGGGGAGAUUUAUUAAAAAGUUGAUUCUCAUUAGGCCAGUUAAUCUGUUGACAAACGGUAAAGCCAAAUUGAAAAUACCUCAUUUGAGUUUGAUGUGAAAAUAAUUCUAUGAAUAUACUUAUGGGGAGAGAGGUGUAUAUCUUUUAUUCAAUUGUAUUCUCAUUUAUCAUAAUAUAGCUUGCAUGAGGGGAGCGUUUCAUGGAAGGACUUAUCAGAAGUUUGAUCCGACAAGUCUUGUUUUAUCCGACAGUUACCAUAUGACCUGUGCUUCUGAGCCAAUCAUAAUCAAGGAAGCUGUCUGAUCUGACAACUUGUCAGACUAAAUAUUAAUGAACCGCUCCACAGGACACCAUUCAGGUUCUUGUAAUUUUCAUUAUUCUCUGUAUGGUGUGCCACCCAUUGAAUGUCCUGUAUAGCUCAAAACCUGCAAUGCCUCAUGGGAAAUACAUGUAGUUUAUACAAUGAAGCCACAUUUGGAUUGUCAAGUACAUCUUAUCUGUGGCAUCUGUUAGAUGACACUCUGUAUUUUAAUAUUGAGAAUGAAUUCAAGAUUUAAAAACUUUAUUUUCUUUUGAUGUUUAUGUUCAUAUGCAAGGGAUGUCUUUGGCUCAGUUUGAAUUCAAUUAACAUGUUGCUAAUGUAGAAUAAAUCAUGAUACAUGUAUCUACCCCCCAAAAAAAAUUGUCUGAAAUUUGUUUUAAUCUCUUGUUGUAAUCUCUUGUUGUAAUUGCAUUUUUGCUAUCACAAACAUGAAUAAGAUAUGGACUCAUGUAAAUAAACCUGUUAUAAACUUAGA